AAAUAACCAGUUUCUCUACAUCCCACUGGCAAUAUUUAUAUUAUUAUAUAGAAACAGACUUAUAUUCUCUAUAAUAUCAAGACCCUGAAGAGGGAAAGUCUUGGUAGAAGAUAUACAGUAGUGCAUAUCUUAGCAGUUUCUAUCUCAUUCUUCUGCAGCAGUUAAUGCAAAAAAAAAGAUUUUAGAAAUAGUUUUUUACUUCUCUUAAAAAAGUAAGGUGUUUUUCUCUGGGUUUUACACAAUAUUCUUACAAAGAAUUAAAAACAGAGUUGUUUUCUGUCAUAAUUUCAUAUUCUUUUAAGUAAGAAUUACUUUUUCAGUGGCUGAAGAGCUUUCAUUAAUACUUAAUUCUUUUUUACACUCUUUAUUAACUGAUUUGAGUUGCACACCUGUUGUGUGAGGAGAAUUGGAUAAUUUAGAAUAAAAUUGAAUAGUUUUAAUCAAUUUCUCUUCAAAAAAUUGAUUUAUUUUUUGUCAGUUUUUCUCUCAAAAACUGUCAUAUCAUCUGAUUUACUAUCAAUUGAUAUCAUACUUUUCCUCACUGUAUCCCAAGAAAGAGAUUGUAAAGAUUUUAUUGAUUUAUCUUAAAAAUCAAUUUUAGUUUAUUAGAUUCUCUUCAAAAAUCUAACCUAGUUACUGAACUAGUGUGAAAAAAAUCAGGUGUUUUAUACACAAAAGUCUGCGAUUCUUCUUUUGAAAUAGUCUGACCAACUUUUCAAUUGAAAACAGACUUAGAAACCUCUUAAUUGAAACAGUCUGACCAACUUUUCAAUUCAAAAGAGUUUAAUAAAUAUCUCAAUUGAAUUAGUCUGACCAACUUUUCAUUGAGUAAGAACAAUGAGUUCAAAAGUACACUCAGUUGAUGUGGAAAAAGAUGCUUUCUCAAAUGCUAUUCCUGAGAUUGAAAUUCUGAAGAGAAGAAAGAAAGAAGAGAUAGAGAAACAACAAGUUCUUGAAAUACAGGAACUUGAAAAAGCAAGUAAAAUUCUUGAAAAGCAGUGUCUGAGUGAGAUGAAUGAAGAAGUUCUGUUAAUUCUUCAUGCUCAGGCUAGACAACUACAGGAAGUGAUCAAGUUCAAACUUGAAAUUUCAAACACAGUUCAAAAAACUUUGAAAAUUUCUAAUACAAUCACUGACUCUUCAGUUUGCUCUUCUUUCUUUUCUACUUCUUCUUCUUCUCCUUCUUUGAAUCAGAAGAAAACAUAUGCUCAAGCAGCUGAAUCUGCUGCCUCUAAACCUGCUGUCUCUAAACCUGCUGUCUCAAAACCUGCUCAAAAUCCUGAGAAAACUGAGAAGAAUACUGCUCAUGCCUCUAUUCAUAGAAAAGUAGAAAAGAAAAUGCAAAAAGAGAAAAACUUUCAAAUCUUCAGAAAUAGAAGACUUAUUCUCAAAGUCUCAAAUCAGGACAUUCUGCAAAGAAACAAGCUAAACUCAAAUCUCAUUUUCAGAAUCAGAAAUGAAAUUAAUCAGCAGUUCUUUUCUCAGUUGAUGACUGAUAUUGAAGUUCAAAAACCAGUUAUAGCUUCAAUUGAAUCAUCAUUCUUUGAAAACUUCAUCAUUCUGACUACAAUGCCUGAAUUCAGUGCUGAAUUUCUUAUUCAGAAUGAGAAUCUCUGA